AAAAUCUGGGACUUUUUAUGCUAGAAUAAAAUGAUUCUCACGGUGAAGCCGCUUCAAGGAAAAGAAUGUAAUGUGCAGGUGACCGAAGAUGAAAAGGUAUCCACAGUGAAGGAGUUAGUGUCCGAAAGGUUGAAUAUACCACCCAAUCAACAGCGGCUGCUUUACAAAGGAAAAGCCUUAGCAGACGAGCACAGACUGAGUGAUUACUCCAUCGGCCCGGAGGCCAAGCUGAACCUGGUGGUGCGUCCAGCUCCGGAGAAGGGGGCGGUCGCAGGUGGAGCGGCCGGCAGCACCAGCGCUGCCGCCAGCAGUAAUGGGAACACUGGUGGUGUAUGGCAGCUCCUGUCCGCAGUCUUAGCCAAACACUUCAGCGCUGCAGACGCAGCAAAAGUGCAGGAGCAGCUCAUUAAGGAUUAUGAGCGUUCCCUCCGGCAGCUGAGUCUGGACGACAUUGAGCGUCUGGCCGGACGAAUGCUGCACCCCGAAACAGAAGGAAUGGACACCUCUUACAUGGACUGAAAAAGAGAGGGAGAGAGAUGCAGAGAAAGAGACGCACAGAAAACAAAAUAUUUAAACAGCCCACAGGCAGACUGAAUGACUUGCUACAGAGAGAGCGUGAAACACGUAGAGAGACAGAGAGA